CCUCCGACUGCUGCGGAAACAAAAACGGCCUCUGUUCCCUCGACAUCCCUCCAUCAGCCUUCCUCGUCCACCGACCGAGAUCGAGGAAUAGCUAGACCGCCACCAUGCCGUCGUCCAGUGACCCCGUCAUCGUCUCCUGCGUUUCCACGACCCUUCCGCUCUGGCCGCACCAGUCCUAUCCUCCUCCUGGCCAUGUCACGCGAGUGAGACUGAGGAAGGGUGGCAACCUCGCCGAGGCUCUCCUCAGCCAGCUCAAAUCGCAGGAGAUGGCAUUGGAAGCCCAAGCAGGCGACAUUGUCUUGUUCCACGCAAGACAGACCCGCUCUCCGAGCUUCAACUUUGAUUACUAUGCCAUGACAGAGCCCAAUGUCCAAUACCGGUUCAGAGUUUUCACAGUGAAUGUGCUGCUCUUUGACGGCCAAGCCUUGAAGGUCCGGGUCGAGGAAACCUCAAAUGUAGCGGCCCUGAAGCAAGCCAUAGCCAAGGUGACUGGCCAGGAUUCGGACAGGUUUGAGUUGUCAUACAACAACAAAGCCAUCCACGCCUCGGCCAGGCUCUCCGACCUCGGUAUCACGGAUGGCCCCGUUAUUCAAUCCCGAGAAAUGUCAGAAAACUCGAUUCGGCUCUGCGUUCAAUAUGGCGACAGGAGCAUAGUUGUAGACAUGCUCAAGACGGACCCUAUAACCAAGCUUCAAGACUGUAUCCGAGCCCAGACUGGAAUAUCAAAUGUCGACCAGGGCCUGAGGCUGUGGGGCCAAGCUCUGGAUACCACAGGAACUGUGUCUGGAAGCGGUCUCAGUUCUUUGUCCCGUGUAGAAGUGUAUUAUCGCAACGUAAGUGAUGGUUCAGCAUAUAUUCAAAUUUUCAUCAAGACUCUCACCGGAAAGAAAGUUCCUCUCGAGGUCCGAGGAAAUAUGACCAUUUACGAUCUCAAAUGCAAGAUUCAAGAGAAGGAGGGUAACCCACCUGACCAACAACGCCUGAUUUUCGCCGGCAAGCAGCUCGAAGAUGAUCACACAAUCGCCGACUAUGGAAUACAAAAGGAAUCCACUCUCCAUAUCGUUUUGAGACUCCGAGGUGGUGGUGCGAUGGUGGACUUUGUGGACGUUUCCGAUUCGACAAUUCGUCAAGUACAAGAAUGGUCAUCGGAGGCCCCACGUUGGCGAUAUGCAACAAAUGGGAUGAACUUGGAGGGAAAGUGCGACAAUGCCAGCUGCGGAGCGUACAAGCAAUGGGUCAUUCUCCAGGUUGGCUUCAACGACGUUGAUUUCUUUGACGAGGACGACAAGAACAAGAUCCCGCCCUGUCCCAUGUGCAAACGAUAUGUCAAGCCAGUGACGGCCGCCUUCUCAAACUGCUCGUGGCGUUUCUCUGGUAUGAAGGCAGCCGGAGAUGUGGUUAGUCGCAACUGGGAGCAAGUUGGCGACAACUAUACUCGAUACAAUCCCACAGACAACCAGUCGAACGUCAUCGAGUGGAAACGUCUCCUCUUCGAAGUGAUUCCUCUUGAAAAAGGGAAACCGGACGGCACCUGUGCCAUCUGCUUUGAGAAGGGCUUGACCCCGGAUCUCGAGUGCGGUCACAAGUUUCAUAGCAAAUGCAUCGAUCAAUGGCUCAUCCACGACAAGAAAUGCCCUUGCUGUCGCCAGAGAGUGAACAAAGCCUGAUGUUCCAAGCCAAGUCAGUCGUUAGUUUAUUGAGGAUUGUUUCAUGCGGU